CAGAAAGCCAUUAAAUUGUAUAUGAAUUCGUUCUAUGGUGUAACUGGUCAAAGUGACUCCCCGUUCUAUAUACUUGAACUCGCUGGAGGCGUUACUUCGGCUGGGCGAGAAAAUAUCAAACUUGUUGCAGAGUUCGUGAAAAAAAAAGGUUUUGGGAUAAAAUAUGGUGAUACCGAUUCCCUAUAUCUCACUUGCCCAGAUUCCUAUUAUGAGAAAUGCGAUCUAUCUUAUGAUGUUGGGAAAGGCGUAAUCUCAAAACAAGAGUUAAAAACAAGAUCAGAUUAUCUCAAAAUAGCUUAUGAAGAAGUACUAUUUCCGGUAGUAUUCACUGGGAAGAAAAAGUAUUUUGGCAUCCCCCAUGAAGAUAUCCCGAACUUCAAACCUGAAAAGUUUUUUAUAAGAGGAAUCGACACUAUAAAACAGGGUAAAUCCCAAGUUUUCAAAACCAUAGAUAAUCGGAUUAUGUGGAGAGUCAUGGAUAUUAACAAUGACCGAUCACUCCAUGAUAUUACUGAAAACGUUCUCAGGGAUGCUUUAGUUAAUACUAAGCAAUGGAAUUUUGAACAGUUUAUAGAGACCGACGCAUGGAAACCCGAUAAAGACAACAAAGCC